GGAAGCAGCCUAGGCAAGGUCUGUCUACAUCCCACCCUCCCCAGACCCUAUAAGUAGCUUUGCUAUUUGUGGGAUUUACUGUGUCGGACUGCAAAAAUGGUGACGGUGAUCGGAGAAGAAAUCCGGCUCACAUCCGUCGAAGACCGCCUCAAUAAAUCCUCUCUCUCCUGCCAGGUAGGGUUAGUAAUCGGGAAGAUAAGUACGAGUUUGGAUAGAGGAUUUGUGUUCGAUUUAGUUCCGACGCCGGUAAACGACGCCGGAGAACCAGCUUCUUGGAUUGUUGAGGGUAAAGAGGAUAGUAAUAAGAAGAAAGGGGGAUCGAAAUCGAAAUCGCAAUCACAAUCGAAUUCUUUGUCGAGUUUGUUGGUUGAUAAGGAUUGGGUUGCUGAACAUGCUCGUCAGGUUUCAAGAAUGCUAGUUGGCGGUAUGAAGGUAGUUGGCAUUUACAUAUCGGUAAAUGAAAGCUUGUUCAAGAAUUCAACUUUAGUGCUUUGCCAGACUGUUAAAGGGGUUGCAGAUGCAGCACUGAUAAGAGAUUCUAAUUGGGACGAGAGACUGCUUAUUCACAUCAGCUAUAGUCCAAGGAGGUGGACAUGUAAAAACUGCUCUUUGUCUUCAAAUAUAACCUCAAGCAGCCUACGCCCCUGUGAUUUUAAAAUGGGAAGAGUUUUAUCUACCCUUCAGACGUUUAAAUGUAUUUACAAUUUCGAUAUAAGGCUUCCGAUAUUUCGUAAGAAUGCUUCAAGUUCUGGAAGUUUUGCUGGAAUUGUUCGUGACAUAAUAUCAGGUCAUGCCGAAGAACUUAAGGGUGCAAAGGCUUUGAUUGAUGGGAAUUUGGUGGAUGUGGAUGAGCAGUGCGCAUCCGAUGGUGUGCAUGAAGUUGAAUUUCUUAUCCCUUUCACGCAGCAUACAUCUUUUCGAGCACACAGUAAAGAGGACGUUGUUGGAAUAUUAGUGUUCACUGGCUCCAUCUGUUCCUUUGCAUACUCAAAUUCCAAAGAACCAAUUUCACAAGCUUUGGCUGAUAUAAAGGGAGACAUUAUUUCAAGUCUACACAGCAGAUUAGAUGUCAUUUGUGACGAAACCGAUGGGCAAAUGGAUUCGGUUGCAGAUGGUAGUGGGGAAUCAGUGAAUGGAGUUUUGAAUCAGAUUCCUAUUCCGCAACUUCAGCUGCAGUUAUCAAGAAACAGAUGCAGUCUUUCUUUCCCUCGAAGAGUUUUUGUUCCCUGGCUGGGUGAUACAUAUAUAUGUGACUACAUACAACCUUCUGAAACACUUGAGGUUCUGAAAGACCACUGUGUUGAAUUAUUGUCGAUGGAAGCUCCAACCGACACAUCAACGAUUUUGGAACCAGAAGGAGAAUCAGUAACACUGUCCACCAGUUCUUUUUGGGAAACAGUAAUACCACAGUCCCCAGAACUCAAACCAUCAUCCUUAAACAACAGCAGUGAUGACAAAAGUUCGGUUUCCGGGAGACAUUUAGAUAAAUCGAGUAAUGUUAGCAUCUUGGGUGCACUUUUGGUUCUUGUUCUAUCUAUUUUAGUUGGUGUUAUGUUCUUUGUUUUCAGGACCUAAUGAUUCGUUUAUCAUAUGUUUUCCUGUGUGAAUUAGAACUAUUUUUUGUUGUGCUAUACUUACAUGGUGGAUGUUAGUAUAUUUCAAGUAAUCAUCUUCGUUAAAGCUA